UGUUUUGAGCAGAUUGUUCAACCAAAUGUGAGAUUAGUUUGCAAUUCAAAUUACUUCUAAAAUGCAUAUAAAUUGUCCAAUACGUGAUUUAUAUAUGUGAAGAAAUGCCGGGAAAAGUCGUCUUUAUUAGCUGUGAUUUGUGAGAGAACAGCAGGCAUUGCUAAAUGGUGACAGUCAAAAGUCAUCAAUGGAAAUAAUUAACUUUUUUGGCCACCUCUAAUUGUUUGUUUCGUUAGGACGGCCAGUUGAUUUGAACAAGUCACAUGUAAACUGUGUCUAGUUACGAUCGAUUCCAAAUGUUACGAAGGUGAUCUACCAUAUGGACAUAUCAAAAGCAAGAUAGAUUUUUUUGACAUCCUUUGAAGAGGGAUAGGGAAAAUUAUGAAGUAGGAAAAAAAAAGUGUGUAAGAAAGAAAAACCACACUAGAAGGAUUCAGCCAGUACCAGAAAUUUUGAAGUCUAAUAUGGUCGUAAACUCUUCUGAAAGAAUCAAAGAAUGAAGCAUUUUUGGCAGAAGCAUGUAGUAAUGAACUGCAGCUUAUCUUUUUUUAUUUAUUUAUUAACUUUUUUAAUAAUCUGAAAUGCAAUGUAGCUUUUGGUCUGUAACUCUGUAAGCAUAUGCGAUUCGUGGUUUCCAACAAAACACUUUCGAGUUCAGACAAGGGAACGACCCGUCCUUUGGAGUUUUAAAUAUUGCUAAAUUUGUCCUAUUUCAACAUAAUGUAGUUGUGAAAGAUACAAGUAUGAAUCCCAUAAUUGCCAUUUAUAAUUCGUCCAAAUGCUGUUAGUUUAAUAAAUAUAUAUUUAUCUAAACUCCUUUUGUGAAUGUCAUUUUACUUUUUAAAGAAUCCCAAAUGUACACCAAGUUGUAAACAGAAACAUAUAAAGCCGGCAACUGAUAUUUUUAUGUGACAUGGCAUGUAAUUUGGUUCGUUUUGGCUAUAAAAUGGGCGAAUCACCUACCAUAAAAUAGUCACCAUUUCUUUCUAUUCUGGAGCCUUUGGGCAUAUCAUGGGGAGUGCCAAAAUUUUAAGCCUUUUCAUCCAUCUGUUCAUUGGGUACACAUUGGUGAAUGGAUCCACCCCAAAGCAUUAUAUAGUUUACAUGGGAGAUCAUUCACACCCCAAUUCAGAAUCUGUGGUCAGAGCAAACCAUGAGAUAUUAGCUACAGUUACUGGAAGCCUCAGUGGGGCAAAGUCAGCAGCACUCCACCACUACAGUAAAAGCUUUCAAGGCUUCUCAGCCAUGAUUACACCAGAGCAAGCUAAUCAACUUGCAGAACAUAACUCAGUAGUAUCCGUUUUUGAGAGCAAAAUGAAUAAACUCCACACAACACAUUCUUGGGAUUUUCUUGGAUUAGAGACUGUCUACAAGGGCAACCAUAAAGCGCUGGGCACUAUAUCUGAUGUCAUUGUUGGUGUUGUUGACUCUGGAGUCUGGCCAGAGUCCGAAAGCUUCACUGAUUAUGGAUUAGGUCCUGUGCCUAAAAAAUUCAAGGGAGAGUGUGUUGGAGGGGAUAAUUUUACACUAGCCAAUUGCAACAAGAAAAUAAUUGGUGCCCGGUUCUAUUCAAAAGGGUUUGAAGCAGAAAAUGGUCCUCUAGAGAGCCUUAACAAGACUUUUUUCCGGUCAGCACGAGAUGAAAAUGGACACGGAUCACACACAGCUUCCACAAUAGCAGGGUCCAUUGUUGCUAAUGUCAGCUUAUUUGGCAUUGCCAAAGGAACUGCUAGAGGUGGUGCUCCAGGUGCAAGACUUGCCAUCUACAAGGCCUGUUGGUUUGGGUUUUGCAGUGAUGCUGAUAUUCUUUCUGCCAUGGAUGAUGCCAUCCAUGAUGGAGUUGACAUACUAUCUCUUUCCCCUGGUCCUGACCCUCCCCAGCCUAUUUACUUUGAGGAUGCAGUCAGUGUAGGAUCAUUCCAUGCAUUCCAAAAGGGUGUUCUUGUUUCUGCUUCAGCUGGAAACUCAGUUUUUCCACGUACAGCAUGCAAUGUUGCUCCUUGGAUCCUCACUGCUGCUGCUAGCACAAUAGACAGGGAUUUCAGUACAAAUGUCCUUCUUGGUAACGCUAAGGUUUUAAAGGGUUCUUCUUUGAAUCCAAUAAGAAUGGAGCAAUCAUAUGGUUUGAUAUAUGGAAGUGCUGCAGCAGCAGCCGGAGUUUCAGCAACGAACGCAAGCUUCUGCAAAAACAACACUCUAGAUCCUACCUUAAUCAAGGGUAAAAUUGUGAUAUGUACUAUUGAGCAAUUCAGUGAUGACAGACAAGCCAAGGCCAUAGAAAUAAGGCAAGGUGGGGGUGUUGGAAUGAUACUUAUUGAUCAUAAUGCCAAAGAUAUUGGUUUCCAAUUUGUCAUCCCUAGCACUCUCAUUGGUCAGGAUGCCGUAGAAGUGCUUCAAGCAUAUAUAAAGACAGAGAAGAAUCCCAUUGCUAGAAUCUACCCUACAAUAACUGUAGUUGGUACAAAACCUGCACCAGAAAUGGCAGCUUUUUCUUCCAUUGGGCCAAAUAUAAUAACACCAGAAAUUAUUAAGCCUGACAUCACAGCACCUGGAGUGAAUAUUUUGGCAGCAUGGUCUCCAGUUGCAACUGAAGCCACAGUUGAACAACGAUCUGUCAACUAUAACAUCAUUUCAGGAACAUCAAUGUCUUGCCCACACAUAACCGCAGUUGCAGCAAUUAUAAAAUCUCACCACCCUCACUGGGGUCCUGCAGCCAUAAAGUCUGCAAUAAUGACAACAGCCACAGUUUUGGAUAACACACACCGCAUCAUAGAAAGAGAUCCAAAUGGAACUCAAACCACACCAUUUGACUAUGGAUCGGGACAUGUUAACCCAGUUUCAUCACUCAAUCCUGGAUUAGUAUAUGAUUUUAAUCUCCAAGAUGUUCUGAAUUUUCUGUGCAGCAAUGGGGCAAACCCAGCACAACUUAAGAACUUCACUGGGGGUCUUACUCAAUGUCAUAAACCUCUUACAGCUUCCUACAACUUCAAUUAUCCUUCAAUUGGUGUGUCCAAAUUGAAUGGAAAUUUAUCAGUUUAUCGUACAGUUACUUAUUAUGGCCAUGAGCCAACAAUAUAUUCUGCAAGUGUUGAAAAUCCAUCUGGUGUGAAGGUUAUAAUUACUCCAGCAGAAUUGAAGUUCUGGAAAACUGGGCAGAAGAUAACUUUCAGGAUUGAUUUCUUCCCUUUCAAGAAUAGCAAUGGAAACUUUGUGUUUGGUGCCUUGAUAUGGAACAAUGGGAAACAAAGGGUUAGGAGUCCUAUUGGUCUUAACGUGCUAUCUGCUUAACAUCGAGUGCUUCUUGGCCUGUAUCAUCUUUGGCCCUGUUGUUGUUUUAUGUAAACAUCGUGUUAUUUGAGGUUAAACUUUAUGCUGUUUUUGUAAUGUUAAUGUGGGUGGUUACACGUUUAAAAAGAAAGAACUGUCAUCUAGGGGAGUAAGAAGCAUAUUUCCUUUCUAUGCAUCUUACAACUAAAAUUGAUUGUUUCAAUGUGUUACAUAUUUGUAAUAUAU